UUUAGGUAACUCUAAAGUCUAACGUAGUGUUUACAUACUCUUUGGGUAACUCCUUAUCAAUUUAAUAAUAGGCAAUUAAAUGAAUAUCUACUAUCUACCAACAAUAAUUAGCUACCCCAGUCAGUGUUUUAUAAUUUUGCUGCGUUACCUAUUUAAUUUUUUUUAAAUUACAAUUACAAAAUGUAAUUUGUGGAGGACGAACUAACCUAACCCUCAUUGAUAUUUUUUUGGAAGUUUUCGUGUGUUUUCUGGCACCAUGGAAAAUGUUUUGAUACAGAAUAAAGUGAAACUUUUAUUUGAAAAGCUUUCCGAUCCCCAAUAUGUUAUGAACAAUUACUAUGCCGACCACUUCUUUACUAAAAUUAAUUGCGCAGAUCCCGAGGUAUCUUUUCUUAAAACAUGGCCACUACUACCGGACUUAAUAAUAGAAGCCCUCAACCAUGCAGGUCAUUAUCACAACACAGUAAAGGUGUUCCUCAUAAGGAUCUUAGGAGUAGUAGCUCAAGGAGAGGUAAAUUUUGCUAAGAUAUUCCCAAAAAAAGGUGACGAAAUUGCUAAAGCAUUCAAUGAGAUUAAUUCACCAAGUAUGGAGUCCAGUUUGAGAGUUGCAUACCUUGAAGUUGCACUUGCUUUAGUAAACCACAACUCUGGAGUUUACUGGCUUUUAGAAAGUGGUGCUUGGAGAGAGAUACUCAGGCUUUGCAAUGAAAAAAGAACAGUAUUUGUAAUUCGACAAACUUAUAAGUUUGCAUCAGCAUUUAUGUGGAAAUUAAACAACAUGGGUGAUGAAGCCAAUGUUAAAUUAGUACUUGUAUAUAUUAUGAGUCCAAUGACAGAGAUUGACUUGAUAAGAAUUGAUUCUAUGACCAGUGAAGAGGAGGAGCUCCAUUGCAAAACAUUUGAGCCAAUGCUACAAAUAUUAUUAGCUAUUUUAAGCAAUGAACAUCAUAUAAAGACACAUAAUAUCAUAAUAGAAUUUAUGCUUAAAGAUUCCAAAGUCCUAACAUACUUCUACAUAAUGCUGGAUAGGUUACGUAGAGAAGAUGUCUGUAUGCUCAUAACUAAAUGCUUUUUUUGGUUAUCAAUAGGCAAAAUAUUUCUUGCUAAGCCUUUAACGGCCAAUGUUAAAUAUGACCGUGAUGAUUUUAUUGAACUUGCAGUUACAUAUUUUAACACAAUACAAUAUUUUAUACAGAGACGUUGUGCUACAUUGAUAUUCGAUUAUUGCAAUGCAUGUAACUUAAUAUGGGACCUUGUCUGGAAGAAUGAUAACCUAGCAAUGUGGGAACACGAUGGUAGGAAAAUUGAAUUCCAGAAGCAACUUCUUGUUAUUUGUCUUGUACCUUGCCUUGUUUAUAUCACCCUUGGGCAGAAUACGCCGGUAACUUCGCCUGACAGAGUCAAUGAUUAUAUUUUCAAAGUAAUGAAUGCGACUUGCGAGCAUACAGCACGUACGGCUUACGCUUUAAGAGAUCUAAUGCUUCAGCUAGAUACACAGUCAGUAACAUUGCAGAGUGUAAAACGACUGACUUGUCUAAAGAAUCAUUUGAAUGAUGACAAAGCAAAUUUAGUCUUUCAAGCACUCUUCUAUGUUCUUAAAGAAUAUGAUCCAAUUGACGAUCAUGGAGAUAUGAAAGAGGAAAUUAACAUACAUGAUGAUCAAGAGAAGGUGCUUGUAAUGACAUAUGUUUUAGACACAUUGCUCUCCCUGGUAAAGAACUAUAAUAUAAAUUGGAAAGAGAGUCUUGAAGUUAUAUGUUUGCACACUGUUGUGUAUAAUAUAUUGAAGAGGUCUAAUCUAUCUUGUAAGUUUGUAGUGACAGCAUUGAACGUUAUAACAAUAACUGUGAAAAAGUUUCUGCCACCCAAUCUCUCUCUACUGAUGGAGUCAAAGCCAGGGUCGACCAUGCACGAGUUGGGAAAACUGAUAUUCAUGAAAAUGCACGACAUGAACUGGGAGGUUCGCGAUUCCGCUCUCGAGCUGCUCUACGUUGUUACUGAUAUUUCUUUUAUAAAAUUUCCACCAUUCCAAAAGCAGAUACUAUCAAAUAGCCUAAUAAACAUGUCAAUGACCAUGGCUUUGAAUGACCACGAGUUCUAUGUGCGGGUAUCUGCUCUGCGCUGCGUGGGCGCGGCCAGCAAGAUGAGUCCGCUGUGGGAGCAGCUGAAGCAGGAAUACCCUAAUAUACAGGAACUGCUUCUAUCGAUUCUCGCAAACAACCCAGAAGGCAUCGUACGCAAAGAGGCAUGCAGUGUUCUAUGCGACGUGUACCAAAACAUUAAAAUGACGCCUGACUUCCGCGCGACUAUUUAUGAUCACAUGGUAUCUGCUGCCCUCAGCGACUUUCACUGGGAGGUCCAAAUAACCGCGCUCAAGUUCUGGAAAAUUGUGAUCCAAUCCUUCCUCAAUGACCAAGGCAUGCUUGACGGUACAUUCCCUCCGGUUACAUUCUCAAGAGAGACACGAAAAAUCGUCUCCCUUAACGAUACUGAAAUCCAAAGACGAUUGUCCAAAACUCUUGAUGAACUCUCUUCCAUUGGAUGUCUUACCGUCUUAGUGAAGUUAUUGCAUGAAGAAACUGAAGUUGAUAUAAUGGAUGCUGCUUUAACACUUUCUAUGGAACUACUAGAUACUCUUGAAAAGUACAGAGUACCAGAAAACUUGAAACCCUGUGAAAAUGAUCCGAAGACAGUAGAUGAAUUAUUAAGACAAAUAAGACUUGAUAAUUUUGUUGCUGUAAAUGGUAAUUUAGAAGACGCACAGAAUUUAGCUAAAUCGGACAAUGUUAUUGAAAGUAUAUUGAGUGCAGGUGACACUAAUUUAUUGGCAGAGAUAUACGAAAGGCAUAUGAGUUUAGAUACCAAUGAAACUGAAACGAAAAAUCAAACGAAACUAUUAAAGUUUGCGUCGCCAUAUCUAUUUGUUACAUUUCUAAAAAGCAAAGAUUUUAAAAAAGUUAUAGAGCAGAAGAAAAAUUGGAAAGAUGGUAUCAAAAGUCUUUCUUCCUUACUAGAUGAUGUAUUGGGCAUUUACGAAGUGAACGAUGAAGUUAAUGCUUUAGAUUGUUAUUGAGAUUAUUUUGGAUAAUAUUUUUAUGUUACUUAUUUUAAGAGGGGAUAUCUUAUAUUAUAUUUUCAUAAAAU